AUGAAUAUACUACGAGUGGGAAUAAGCUUUUCACUGGUUUGUUGUUUGAACGGACUCAAAAAAGAGAAUAUUUUUUUCAACGAAGAAUUCAUGGAUUUAGAAGCGUUACCAUUAGAAAAACUGUUGAAAAUGAAACAAGAACUACGGAUAAAAGGUAAAUAUAAUUCGAAAAAGCGGACAAACUUCGCAUCAUGUAAGUCUUACCAUAUUAGUUUGCUAAUACAAAAUAAAAAUUACAAUCUUGUAUUUUUGAGGAUUUUUAUGAAGCCAAAAAUGUUGUAUACUCAUAAAUAUAAAUUUAUCGUUUAAAUCGUUCUUACGCAAAAUGCCAAAAUUUCUAUGAUUUUGAUCAAAAUUUAAAAUUUAAAGCUUAAAGAAAAAAAAAUGUGAUUAUAGAUUUUCGAUGUUAGAUAUGAAACAACUGAUGUAAAAAAUACUUAUAUAUGAACCCAAAAUCAGUAUAUCGAGCAACCAAAUAAAUUGUAUAGGUACACACAAAACCGAAUAAAACCCCCAAAAAAUUAUGUAUUUUUCGAUUAGCAACAAAAAAUUAUUUCUAACGAAAUACAAUUUUAAAUUAAGUUAAUGUUUUGAAAUACAGUAAUUUUUACGAUUUUAAAAUGCAUAUAAAAAAAAUAAAGUUCAACGUAGAACUUUAUUUUUUUCUGUCAAAUAGAAUUUAUGGUGAACCUGCUUUCCAACAUUUUCAAUCAGCCAAACGAUUUUUUCCACAUAAAACAUGAAUCAAUCAAUCAAAUCCGAAAUCCUAAUUUAAAGCUCUCUCAUUUGAUUGAAGAACUAUAGUUUAAAAGUUAUUUACAGAUAGAAGAUCUCACACACAAAUCCAUAAUACUGUAAUUAAAUUUUUCGAAUUUGUAUGGUUUUACUAAAAAUAAAAUUUUUCUUCAUAAAGGUUAAAGUAGGCACCUUAUUUACAUAUAUAUCUAAAAAUGGGUUAAAUGUAAACGAAUCCUCCGUGAAAAUGACUUGUUCAUGAUUAUUUGAUUACCCUGUGUACCAAUAUAUUAUACAAAGUUUUUAACUGUAAAUCAUAAACACACAUUCCAUCCAACUUUCCGAGAUAAAAACGAUUUUUUAGUAUCUAUGCAACUUUACAUGGUUUUUCAAGAACAAUAAUAACGCUAAAAUCCUCUUAAGGUCAGCGUGAUAUACAAGAGCGUUCAUAGGUUAAUUUUCAAAUGGGAGACAAAAUGAAAUUAAAUUCCAAAACCUAUUUAUAGCAUAUAGAUAGGUACUAAGUUGGUAUUUCUUAAAAAGAAAGAAAGGUUAUGUAAUUAUGUAAAUAUUAGCAUUGAACAAACUGUCAAGUGCUGAAAAUGAAAUUAAGACGUUAUAAUAUUCUACUGUUUAUGGUUUACAUCAGAUGCGUAUCCGCGAACUUUUUAUGUGGGAGGGUUCAGUAAAUUUAAACUUACCACUCUUUAAUUAAUUGUAAAAAUAUAACAUAUGUUGAAACAAUUAAAUUAAUCAAUUUACUGUGGUUAAAGAAAUACAAAUUAUUAUUAAACAUCAUUAAUAAAACACAUAAUAUUCCAAUUCUGAAUUCCGGGGUUAAGAUAGUUAUCACCUAUUUACAAUACUAAAUCAAUUUUUCUUUUUCUUUUUGCCAAUUCAUCCAACAUUUCUUCUAGAUUAACUUCAACUGUCCUAUGAAUAUUCAGCUGAGCUCAUCUAUUUAAACGAUUCUCUGUCAUGGUAUUUCUGAGAUAGAUUUUCAAUUGUCACAAUGUCAAAAAUGUCUUUUCUGCAAUAGCUACUAUUCUCAAAUUCAUGGGGGGGAGAGAUUCUGACACCCAAACGCCCCAUGGAUACGCCAUUGGUUUACAUUAUACAUUAGUAAGUAGACAAUUGGAUUAUUUAUUUAUAAAUAAUAACACUUUGAAAAUAGCAAUUAACAAAUAUCAUUGUAUAAGAAUCAUAAUAUGAAAUAGCUAUUUUACAUUUAUUUUAAAGGAUUCAAAGCAUACACAAAUUUUUGAGGUAUCUACUUUAUUAUUAUUUUCUAAAGAGGGACAUGUCUUCAUCUUGCCUCCGCUCCAAUGGGGUGAUGUACGUUUCGCCUUCCAUCAAUUAAUACCCGUUUACCCAUUAUAAUAAUAAUUAGUCCAGUAAUACAAUAUAUAAUCCUCUUGUAUGUACUCAUAUUAAACACGCCAAGAGAAGAUAAAUCGUUCGUAGGUCUAGUGUUAAUGACAUUAAUUAAUGUACAUUCGUGUUAUAAGUGUGCCAUUUUACAGAGCAUUAAGCAGUAUAAUCUUAUAUUACUUAUGUACAGUAUAAAAUGUCAUAUUUUGUCCGCGGUAGAUGAUUAUUGGCCAUCGUCUCUACCGCAUUCGUCUCGACGAACGGGCGUGACCGCGGACGGUCAGCCGAUUGCCAUGGCCCUGCAGCGACGAACGGACUUUGUGAUGGGAUCGUUGGCCGGGAGUUCGGUGCGCACAGCUUUUCAGAUGUCGCUGACCGUCCUGUCGUUUCUGGCGUUUGGAGGCUACGUGAUCGGUUUGGUCACGCAGAACAUGCGAAAACCACAGCAGGACGGGAACGGCGGCAGUGGCUUGACGGCCCCGCAACCACUCAAGACCGUGAUCGUCAACCAAAAUUCCAGGCGGCCUUGGAGGCCCACGACCUCGGUCAAUUUCAGUCGACGUAAAAUAAGCCGGAGGUCUACGUGA